AUGGGUCAACCUGGAAACAUUUGUCUCCUGAGGGCUCCUCCACCACGUCACGUCGCUACGCACCAGCGCCUUCACAUCCUUCCUGCCCAUGGUGGACCGCACCGCUUCCCUCUGAUGUUCUUCGCGCUACGGUUCGCCCCAUCACGGCUAGACCUACAAUUGACGGGCCCUUCCAUCAAAACAGCGAUCCUACAGCUUCUUCACGGCGUUCGUACACCUACUUCGUCCCCUCUAAGGACCAUCUCUCCUUCGGUUCGGCCGGUCUUCUUGGCUCAGCAGGUGAUUGGGUCCCAAGGCCUUUUGGAGGGACGCAUAGCCUCGUCUUGGCUUCCGCUCCAACAACAACAUUAUGACAAGAUCAGAUGUCGACAAUCUGUCUCUCUUUGGGCGUCCCGCCUCUCACAACAGCUGAUCUCAAUUGGCUUCUACAUGUGGGAGCAAUGGAACUCCGUUCAACAUUCGGAUGAUAACGUUCAACUACGUGAACGUCACAGUACUGUCAAUGAGGGGAUUCACUCACAGUUUGAUAUGGGUCCUGAUGACUUGCCUAGGGAAAUUCAACCAAUGUUAACAAGCCGUCGACGUCGACGAGUCCUUCGCAAGUCAUUGGUGGACAAGGAAGAGUGGCUGAAGUUGCUUUGUCAGGAACGCAGAGAUUACCGUCGCUCCAUGAAAGCACAACGCCGCAGUCUGUGGACUAUUUUUUCCCCUGGACCACAAUAG